CCUCACAGCUGAUUUCGUUGGAUGAGGUGUUUUGCUUUGACCGUUCAUCAUUUCAUGAAGCCAUUUCUGGUUAGCAUCGCUGCAGAGUAGCACAGCAGUGAACUGUAGAGAUAAACCAUGGCACAGGCAGCACAUGCAGCACAGGAAAAUGUCUUGGACGCAAACAGCUCUCAGAUCCAGGUGGAGCACGAUAAGAAGCGCCGGCAGUUUGUUAUCCGACUAAACGGAUCUCAUGAUCGUGCGGUCCUUCUGUAUGAAUACGUUGGGAAGAAGACGGUGGACUUGCAGCACACUGAAGUUCCAGACGCUUACAGAGGGAGAGGCAUAGCCAAGCAUCUGGCUAAGGCAGCCAUGGACUUUGUGGUGGAGGAGGAUCUGAAAGCCCACCUGACCUGCUGGUACAUUCAGAAAUAUGUCAAAGAGAAUCCGCAGCCUCAGUACUUUGAACAUAUCUAUCAAUGACCAUAGAUGGCUCCGACGGGGAACACACAGAAAAAGAGACUGUGAGGGGAUAAAUGAACACUCUGUGGCAUCAUGCUUUCCGAGUUACAAGCUAACACACAACCACAGACCUUCCAGGUAUUGUUAAACAUGAUGGAUCUCAAGGAAAAGCUGUCUGAAAGAUGAACGUUGAGUUAAUGGGUCGGUGACACACUGGCCACAAAACAGGAAGUGAAUCAGCAGGUCAAUAAAGACAUAAGCAAAUAAACUAACCAAAGCUGAAGCCUGCGAGCUCCAACAUCAUUCAGGAUGCAUCACUGACUGAAAGCAAGAUUAGGACCUGUCCUGAGAGCAGAUUUAAAUCCUAUGUUGGAGAUUUCCUGUCCUCCUUUGGACGCACUGGAUGUGAGCAGCGCUAAAAGAUGGCCGACCCAAGUGUCUUUCUCCAUGAUGGUUUGGACAGAAGCAAUGAUGGCUUCACUGAGGCUCAAACAUGAUGACUUUUAUAUUUCAACACCUUUUUGAUAUUCUUUGGAUCUGUUUUAUGUUAUUUCUUUUCCAAUUUUGCCUUCCUCAACUCUCUUAGAUUUAGUAUUUUUAUGGCUGGAAUGCUUAUUAAAUACACUACAAAUGCUUAAUGCAUAUUUUAAACAUCACGCUACUCAAGAGGGUUUCUUUCUAGGUGAUUCCAGAUGUUUUUGGCACACAUAUUUAGUUGGUAUUGUAUUAAAAGCAAUCUAUAUUUUUAAUCUUACAAACCCUCAAUUUGCUUCAACUGUUACUGUAUCCAAUCCCGUUGUCCCCAGUAACAGAAUAGCACUAUAUUAAUAAAGUCAUACAUUGAUAGUCAAAGGUACAGGGGUUUAUAAACUAAAGAACUCAGACUGAGGAUAUCCGACUCAUCAUUUUCUUCACUGUACGUGUUACAUAUUACAGACACUUGUGAUAAAUUGGGUCUGAAGCUUGACUCUGUACAGUACUUCGGGUUGGAUAUAAAUAAAUACAUCCGUGCAUACCAGCAUUUAAAAAAUAAUAAUAACACUGUUACAUUUAGGGCAUUUACAUUGUAUGGUGUCCACCGUGCAUGUUAUGUCUUUUGAGAAAGUUUCACUGGAUGACAAAUGCGUAUUACUUUUCUUGUAAAGAUUACCAUGGAAGAAAUAUUCACUUCUUUACUGAAAAAAGAUAAAGGGUUCACUGUGUCCUUCCUGUUUUGGCUCUUCAGUAGCUUUUGCUGGUGACAAUCUUCAGUGUUGAGGAGAAAAAUAGCUCAGGUAACUCAACACACUCUGGUUACUCCACUUUCCCUCUGUCAAAUGUUACACACCAAGAUAAUGUUUUAUUGUUUGAGUUACUUUUUAUAUUUGUGUUUUCUUGAUAGGAAACAAAUGUUUGAAUUACAGGUUUUGGUGGCUCUACCAAAAUGUACCAUUUCUUGUCAUAUUUUUUGUGUGUUCGAGACUUUUUUGUCCAUUCUUCUUGUCUACAAAUAAAUAAAACAAUACUUAUC